GGACUGACCCAAGUACCAGAAGGCCACCUGAUGCGUAUGAAUAUGCCACAAGGUCUCACGCCUGGUCCUGCAUCCAUGACGAUCCCGAUGUGGCAUUCCUCAAGGCCGACGCUCGGGUUCCCCCUCGGCAUGGCGCUCCUGCUCCUCGUCAUCUUCUCCCUCAGCGGCAUCUUCUCCUGCUGCUACCACUGGGACAGGCUCCGAUCCUUCCUCUGGUCUCGGCAUCCUGGCAUGCUCCAGGAAGGUCCGCGCACCGUCAUCUCCAUCGGAUCGGCGCCGAGAAAGGCUGCCUCCGAGCACAAGAGCGAGAAAGCGGGAAAGGAGUGCGGGUUGCCCGUGAUCAUGCCCGGGGAUAACAUCGCGAAGUUCUACGCGAGGCCCUGCCCACACGAGGCGUGUUUACCUGCAGCAGCAGCAGAGAAGGGCGGAGUCGAGGUGCAAGUCAGAUGUUCAGUUUCGUGAGACCGUCAGUAUCUGUAUAUGAAAUCGUAGUUAGGUGCUAGCGACUUAUGAUUGAUAUAGAUAGAUUGUAUAUACGCAAGCGACUUAUGAUUGAUAGAUUGAUGGUCUACUACUAGCAUGCAUUUUGACAGUUUUUUUUUUCAGAAAAGAGGGGAAAAAACAAUAACCUUUCAUGUGCAGAUAUGCAACCCGAAUAGUCCAGAAAAGGAGAUUUUGGUGUCAGCAAACUAGCUGGAUAUUUGUUUUUCUUGUCAUGGAACUUGUUGAAUG